AUGGCUAAAUUUAUAAUUUUUAUAUCUGUAGUAUUACUUAGUGUUUACCUAACAGAACAAGCAUAUUUUUUAAGUAAAGCUUAUGUAAACACUAUCAAUGAAGUCGCUAAAACUUGGAAGGCCAAACAAAAUUUUCCCGAAUAUACGACCAAAGAACAAAUCGUCCAAUUGUUAGGAUCGAAAAGUCUCAAAGGGGUUCCUAAAAAUUCGAUUAAGAAAAAUGAUGACAAGUACACGAAAGUCGAAGAAAUUCCAAAAUUUUUCGACGCAAGAAUAGAAUGGGAAUAUUGCAAAACAAUUGGAAAAGUCCGUGACCAAGGAAAUUGUGGAUCUUGUUGGGCACAUGCUACCACCGGAGCCUUCGCUGACCGAUUAUGUAUAGCGACGAAUGGAGAGUUCAAUGAACUCAUAUCCGCCGAAGAGCUAACUUUUUGCUGUCAUUUAUGCGGUUUCGGAUGUAAUGGAGGUAAUCCAUUAAGAGCAUGGAAAUAUUUUCGAAGUCACGGUAUUGUUACCGGAGGCAACUACAACACUACCGAUGGAUGUCAACCUUACAAAGUAGCACCUUGCAUACGAGACGACGAGGGACAUAGUUCAUGCUCGGGAAAAAAAACAGAACCUAAUCACAAAUGUGCUAAGAAAUGUUACGGCGACAAAACAAUCAAUUACAAGAAAGACCAUCAUAAAACCAAAGACGCAUAUCAACUCACCAACAUUACAAUGCAGAAAGACACGAUGGCGUACGGACCAAUUGAGGCGUCAUUUGAUGUUUACGAUGACUUUGUGAGUUACGAAUCUGGAGUUUACCAAAAGACCGAGAACGCUUCGUUCUUGGGAGGACAUGCAGUCAAAAUGAUCGGAUGGGGCGAAGAAAACGGCACACCGUAUUGGCUGAUGGUCAACUCUUGGGGUGAACAAUGGGGUGCGAAAGGGUUGUUUAAAAUACGCAGAGGCACAAACGAAUGUAGAAUUGAAGAAUCACCCACAGCUGGCGUACCAUUAGUAUAAGUCACAUACUAUAUAAUAUAUUACUGUUAUCGAUAUUACACGUCAUCAUAUAUACUUCACUCACUUAUUGUUUAUAUAUAAAACUACAUAUUACCUAUGAUACUCGUCAAUUUUAUUAGUAUAACUAUUAUAUGAUAUGCACACGAUGUCAACCAGUUAUAACUCGGGGAUGGCUCAAAAAUGUUAUUAAUAUUAGUAUGAUUAAAAAUAUUUUUGUUUAAC